ACUGAGUUUCAACAUGUGCAGAGAAGUGUGAGUGAGGGCAGAGCUGCACAGAGACACACAGCUGUGACAGAGGAAGGAAGUGUGAUAACCAUGCUUGGGAAAUGAGUGCGUGAAUUAUUCGUUGUUCCGUUCAGAGGCCUUUCCUGCGUCCGUGCACAGAAAUGAACGGCGAGGGCAGCGAACAGCGUUAUGUGUCGACCUUCAGGAUGCACAUCAGGCCGCCCCGAGCACCGUCUGCACCGGGGGCUGUUGGCACCAGAGGCAGAUGUACUUACACAGGGUCUGUUGACCUCUCCGCUGGUAAACGUGUGGAUCCCCCCAUCUUCGUAGAGCCACUGCAAGAUGGUUGCGUGGACGAAGGAAACGAUAUUGCACUGCGGGGGGUUCUCACCGGAAGUCAGCCCAUGAAAGUGUCGUGGUUGCACAAUGGUGAAGUGGCCCGUUUUGGGAUUCCUUCCUUCAAUGGCAGGGAGACCAGUUUUGUGGUGAGUGAGUGCUUGCCAGAAGACGCUGGCGCCUACACCUGUUUGGCGGAGAACAGCGCAGGAAAGACGUCCUGCUGCGCCGCUGUGUUCGUCAGAGACUUUGAAACUAUCUGCGGCGUGCAGCAUCGCGUCUUGAAUGUCCCAACUUCUGCUUCCAAGAGCAUUGUGGGGAAUGGAAGGUCACCACAGUCUCCCAAAGGCGAGCUGCAGAAGUUCAAAGAAUCUGUUUGUACUUCCCCAGCAGGCUCUAAGCUUAGCCCAGUCUCGACUCCAAGAGAAGUCAUCCCAAAGAAGAGAGCCAACUCGGGGACAGGUGCAGCAUUACAUUUCGAAAACCCUCCACAGCACCUCGAGGUGAAGGUGGGACAAACUGCACGAGUGACGUGUUGUUUCACCGGCAUUCCUCCUGUAGUGUCGUGUUGGAUCAGACACAAAGAACAGAUAGUGGAUGGUCCAGAGCUGUGGGCAGAAAGCACUGAUAGGAGCAGCACACUGGUCAUAGCAGAGGCUAAACCACAGCACGCGGGCUGCUACGCUGUCGUAGUGAAGGACCGCAGGAGCUCAGCCGAGCACACGCUCACCAUCUCUGUCAUAGAGAGGCCUCAGCCUCCGGCCUCCUGUCCCGUGGUCUCCCUCGUAUCCGCCAACAGCCUUGUGCUGUCCUGGUCCGGCCCCUGUUACGACGGCGGCAGCGCCAUCCUGGGUUACGUGGUCGAGGUAAACAACCAAGGACGUGUUGGGUCUGGGGAUUGGAGCGAGCUCACUGACCAGUGUAAGAGCACCUCAUACAGAGUGCGCUCCGGGCUGCAGCCUCCUCGGGAAUACUGUUUCAGAGUGAGGGCCUACAACAUAGUAGGAGCAAGUGAGCCAGGACCAGUGUCGCCAGUGGUCAGGAUGGAGGAGAAAGCUGUAGAAAAACCCAAAGAGGCCCCGCAGGCGUAUUCCUGUGUCACUAUUGACUCUUCACAAAAAGUCACAGAUCACUACAGUUUGCAGGAGAAACUGGGAAUGGGAAAGUUCGGCCUGGUGUUCAAGCUCACCCACAAAGAGACGGGGUGUGUUCAUGCAGGGAAGUUCUACAAAGGUCGACGUCCCAAGGAGCGGGAGGCUGCUCGUAAAGAGAUAGAGUUGAUGAACUACCUCCACCACCCAAAACUGGUUCAGUGUCUUGCAGCGUACGAUCACAACCCUGAGAUGGUCAUGGUCAUGGAGUUUAUCGCAGGCGGAGAACUGUUUGAGCGUAUCGUGGACGACAGCUUUGAGCACACCGAGACGGCCUGCGUGAGCUACAUGCAUCAGAUCCUGGAGGGGAUCGCCUACAUGCAUCAGCAGAACAUUGUCCAUCUGGACCUCAAACCUGAAAACAUUGUGUGCGUUGACACCACUGGCACCUCCGUAAAGAUCAUUGACUUCGGAUUAGCCAGCAGGCUUGACGGCAACACGCCUCUCAAGGUGAUGCAUGGGACUCCAGAGUUUGUGGCGCCUGAAGUGAUCAACUAUGAGCCUGUGUUUUUGACCACUGACAUGUGGAGCAUAGGAGUCAUCUGCUACAUAUUACUGAGUGGCGAGUCUCCAUUCCAGGGUAACAAUGACGCGGAGACCCUCACCCUGGUCACAGGUGCCCAGUGGGAGUUUGAUGAGGAGAGCUUUGAUGAGAUUACUGAUGAGGCCAAACAUUUCAUCAGCUCCCUGCUCAACAAAGACACCAGGCGGAGGAUGUCCUGUGAGGAGGCACUUGCCCACUCUUGGAUGGCAUUGGAGUCUGGAGAUCGCGCCGCCACCAGGACUCUGUCCAAGGAGAAGAUGAAGAGGUUCUUAGCCAGGCAGAAGUGGAAGAAAGCAGGUAAGGCCUUGUUAGCCCUGAAGAGAAUGGCUCUGCUGUCGAAAGGUGACAGUUCUCCCUCUGGAUCUCCGACCAGCCCUGGAGAAGACUCACCCCUGAGCCCAGAGGCAGAGCAUGCCCUGCUGUCUUUGGAGCGCAAGAUGCACGGGCCGCCCAACUUUACCCAGAGCCUGGAGGACCAGACAGUGAAUCAGGGAUCCAGUGCUCGCCUCUCGUGUCACCUCACAGGAUACCCUGACCCAGAGGUUGUUUGGCUGUGUGGUGAAGAGCCCGUGGUGGAGUCCCCCACUGUGCAGAUAGAGUACGAGGAAGAUGGCUGCUGUGCUUUGGUCUUAGCCAAAGUUGACCAAGAGGACGCCAACGUUUACACAUGUAGAGCCAACAAUGACCACGGGGAGGCUUUCUGCUCAGCCAAACUCAUGGUUCAAGCGUAGAUCCAUUAGAUCUUCGUGUGCAGAGAUAAAAUUGAUAAACAUAGAGUUCUUGGGUGCCUUAAAUAGUUGUAUUGUACAUUGUUGUUUUCAUAAAAAUGGGGAUUAAUGCAUGCUUUACUGUGGCUAGAAAUAUAUAAUACAUGUAUUAUUGUACAAAAUGUAUGAACAGAUGAAUAUUGUUACAGAGCUAGUACUAGCAUGUAUAAAAGUUGAUAUUUCUAUAUGGGACAAAGGUAUGGUUGUCUUAAACAACGCGUUGCAGAAAAAUCCACAAAUGUAUCUCUUACUUUGGCUUGUGGGUGAAUGAUUUUAAAGCUUCCCUACAAAUAUUCCAGCUGGCAAUAUGAAUGGACUGAGAUAUCUCUUAUGAGGCGCAAAUGGGCCUGAGAUGACGCUGUUUGAAUCACAUCGUGAAGAUCUGACUUGUGAUUUCUGAUGUAGCUUUUAUUGGGUGAACUAAAGAAAGGUACACCUACAUUUGUACAGCUAUGGCGUUAAUUUGAACAUGCAAUGCAUUGGCGAAAUGGGCAUCCAAGUGUCUCUGGAUCUUCCUUCUACUAGUUGGCAGAAACUUGGGACACAGGAGGCAAUGAAACGAUGUCUUGCUGAGAUUUGGGGACUGUAUUUCAAACUGGCCCCCGGUUGACGGGUGAAUCUGUGAAACAGCAAUAGAUUUUGCAGUUACAAUUUCAAGCCUUUUUUUUCAUUUAAUUGUAUCAAAAUGUUUCCUUCUCCUGAACAAAGAUUUUUUUGGAAUAUAUACCCAUUUUCAAGGAAAA